AUACUAUAUACCCCCGGCCCAUCCGUUUGCCUCGGAUACACCACACCCUCGGCCCACUCGUCUAUCACGGUACAAUUAUUGCCACCGGCCCACACCGGAUGGCUCGUCUCUAUCGUACAUUGUCACGCCCGGCUGCCCGUCUCAGACGGGUGAAUUCACUGAAGGGGCUCGAGAGUGGAGCUGAGGAUCAGGUCGAAGGCAAUGAAAGGCACGGCCAACUGACCUCUGAUAUUAACAAGGACAAUAUGAGCAUUGAUGAGCCUGAGCCUGAGAUUGUCACAAAGCAGAAACCUGGCAAGAAAUCACUGAAAGAUGCAGUUGACGCUCAAUUGAAAUCAAUGAAGGCUGAUCAGUUUGCAAGUGUUGAUCUUGCAGACAGGAAAAGAAACUCUUUACCGUCAGCUGUCAAAUCUUCAGUUGGUGGACGCAUCAAGGCCUGGGCUUCAGACAUACCAAGUCCUCCAAGUUGCCCAUCCGAAGGCCGCUCCCAGCUGCAUUCUAAUUCACAUGCCUCUGUUCCCCCAUCCACUAUAUUCUCCCGCUCUCAAGCCAUGACAGCAGCUUCAGAUGCAACUAGUCUUAGGUCUCAGGCCAUUUCACAGAAAGGCCCUGAUGUUCAGUCUGCUGUCUCUGCUGACAAUCUGGUCGGAGGAUUCAGUGAUGAAGAGGGAGAUGACAUGUAUGAAUGUGAGGCUGCAUUCCAAAUAACGGGAAGGCAGCCAGUCGAGCCUAUACUCCAGAUUGGUGAUAUCACAGACUUGGAGUCUGAAGAUGUUGAACCUGGCAGCAAGUCAGUGUUAAAUCCUUGGCUGGCAUCAAACAGUAAGCUUCCCCCACCAUCCUCUCAGCUUCGCAUGUUGGAGGCUGCCCGCCACUUGGCCGCUGAAAAAUCAGAUGGAGUUCCCCCACCAUCUACUCAGCAUCGCAAGCCACAGGCUAUCCACGUUGCGAGUGGCACAAAAUGGAAACUCGCAUUGGAGUCCAGUGUCGAAAUCGUAGAAAGUCUCGAUGAUCAGGAUGACUCCUCGGGAAUGCAAGACACCCCCCUCACCAAAGUGCAAGCUCCAUGGACAACAUCCUUGACCACCGUUAUGACCACCAAUGCCAGGGUGCCACCUGCAAAGAAGGUCAAAAUUGAGCCAAAGACUGCCCUAGUGUCCACUGAGGCAGACUCAGAUUGCACUUGGGUUGAGGCGACAAAGGCUCAAUCGGCCUACCAGAACACAGAUCUACCUCCUGCAUGUCAGGAUGGGCAUUGGCCUAAGGUUUUCCUUCCCACAAUUUACCUGUGGGUGGGAAGUCAACCGAACCUUUGGAACAUCAGUGAUGAUGCCCUCCUGGAAGCUAUUAAACAUGCCUUCGAUGUUGUCUAUCCAGAGGCCGAGUACACACCCACCUUGCAAGGCUCUGUUUUUGGUACUAAUCAACAUCUCUCUGAGUGGUGCAGCAAUUUUGGCUCCACUGCAAUUGCCAUCAUCAUCGAUUUUAUGGCUCACAAUGAUGACACCAGCCCUGGUGAGCUUGCUGAGUACCUCCUGUUGGAUUAUGGGUUCCUUUACAAAGAUCCAGAUGUUAUUGACAAGAUGAGGACUUUCCAGUCCGCAUUUAUGCUCCAGCUCAUAGCCACUGGCCACCUCCACACAACAACAAGUCAUGCUGAUGUUCUGGCACUCAACACUGACACUCUUGUUGUGAAUGGGAUUGGCAGUUUGGAACACACCCUGAGGCUCAUCAACAACAAUGUAAUUAACAUUGAGGAUGUACUCGCAGCUCCCCCAGCACAAUGCAAGCUCAUGCUCAAAACACCAAAGGUGCUCAACAAGGCCACUGGAAAGGAGACCUCAACUGCCUAUGCAUUCUCGGUCAAUAAUUGGGGCUCGGCAACAAACUCAUUCUUGAAGUCAGGCUCGUCUGAAGGGGAAAAACCUUACAAGGGACAUCACCUCAAUGGCCCAGAAGCUUCUCAAGAGAUCAAAAUCUGGACUCAAAGACUUCCUUUCCAAUGA